AUGGGGGAUGACGCCUCGGUGCAGGCGAGGCCGCGCCUCUCGCCCGCGGUGCCCAUCGGCCCGGGUGGCGGCGCGCCAGGCACAGGUUCGCCGUUCUCCGCGACGCCGCCGGGCACGGCGCUGGUCCGCAAGAAGAGCCACCACCCCGACCUGCGCGUGGACGCGGACGCGGCCGGCCCCGCUGCGGGCGUCGCGGGCCUCGGACACAAGAUGGAGCUGAUCCACCUGAACCGCACCUGCACCAGCGUCAACCUGGCCUCGGCCGCCGCGGCGCACGGCCUCAGCCCGCGCCUGCGCUGCUCCAGCCACAGCAACCUCACGGACGAGGAGAAGAUGCACCGUGUGCGCCACCAGGUGUCCUUCGCGCAGGACGUGGGGCUCUCCAGCCCCCCGGCCUCGGCGGCCUUCCCCUGCGAGGACCUACCCGUGGACGACAGCGACCAGGACGACGACCACUCUUCGGUCCACACGGACGAGCAGGACGAGGACGCCUUCCUGGACGGCUCGAGAAAAUUCAGCCCGGACGGCGAGGUAGACUACCUGGCCGUGCGGCCAUCCCUCGCCUCCACGCAGCUCAAUGAAGUCAGGGGGCCCAACUGACUGGCUCGGCCGAGUGGCUUUGGUCUCGCGGUCCUUCCCUGACCCCCUGUGCCCCCAGAAGCAGCGUUCGUGGGUUUGGUCCGGCAACCGGCACAUCCCACCGGGGUUUUCGUUUUAGUCCAUGUAAAAAAGACACAAGUCGUUUUGUAUGUUUUGUAAAAAAUGUUUAUCAAAUUAUUUUAUUUUUCUUGGAUUUACAAAUACGCAUCGUUGUACAUUUCUCAGAUUGUCAUCUUCACAACUGGCCGUUUA